AUGAUUGCUCCACAUUCUUUUCUCUCGUCUCGACUUGCAGGUAUACCUGGAGUUAAAGCAUCACUACUCGAAGAGUUUGGUGUUCGCUUGAUCACAUAUGACCUUCCUGGUUUUGGGGAGAGUGAUCCUCAUCCGAGCAGAAAUCUUAACUCAUCAGCACUUGAUAUGCUCCACCUAGCGAAUGCUAUAGGCAUUAAUGACAAGUUUUGGGUGCUGGGUUACUCAAGUGGAAGCAUGCAUGCUUGGGCUGCACUCAGAUACAUCCCUGAUAGAAUUGCUUGUGCUGUGAUGAUUGCCCCAAUGAUUAAUCCAUAUGAGCUGGGUAUGACAAAAGAAGAGAUGAGAAAAACAUGGGAAAAUGGGCCGUCAAAAAGGAAAUUAAUGUACUUCUUAGCUCGGAAAUUUCCAAAAUUUCUCUCUUAUUUUUAUCGCCAAAGCUUAAGCUUCUUAUCUGGUUUUCAUGGUCGAAUUGAUAAGUGGAUGUCUGAGUCACUUGGAAGGAAGGAUGAAAUUUUGAUUGAGGAUCCAGCAUUUGAAGAAUUUUGGCAUAUGGAUGUGGAGGAGUCAAUCCGCCAAGGGAGUGCAAAACCAUUCAUUGAGGAAGCUGUACUACAGGUGUCAAACUGGGGUUUCAGCUUGGCAGAUCUACAUGUGCAGAAGAAGUGUCAGAAGAAAGGCAUUAUCCUUUGGCUUAGGUCCACGUACAGUCCAGCAGAAUGUGAUUUGGCUGGAUUUCUUGGCCCAAUUCACAUAUGGCAGGGGACGGAUGACCAAUUAGCACCACCAUCAAUGACUGACUACAUAAACCGGGUUCUACCAGGUGUUGUCCUGCAUAAGAUUCCAAAUGAAGGCCAUGAAUGCCAUAGGCAGAUAUUCUCUGCUCUUUUUGGAGAAGCUCUAGGUCCGCUUAACAAGAUGGCUGAAAUGAAUGAAACUUCAUUUCAAGGACAGCUGGAAGAGGUGUUAUCAUCAUCACCACCUAUGGUUGAUUCUUCUUCAGGAGAUAUGUGA